AUGCCUCCCACGGCGGGGGUGUAUGUAUCAUUGGUGCGUCAUGCCCCUAUCCCGAGCCUACAUGGUGGCGCACAGUGGACUCUAGACAAAGAAGUGGCGCAAGAUCAGAAUACCGCCACUGCUGUCCAAUCUACCUAUGCUGCCUUGGGCUCCCUCUUAUCGCGCAACCAGAUUUCCGCUGUGUACACAGCACCAGAUCCAGAGUCCGUGCAUACAGGCACAUUGAUUUUACAUGAUCCACCGACAUAUGGCCGUGUCACGCCCGUGAGCUCCCCCCUACUUCUCCAUACCCCACUCUCGUCGUCAUCCAUGCAGGAUUUGCAUGAGUACCAAGAUUUGUUUCAACAAAUUUGGCAACGGUUGAAGGCAGCACCAGAGACACAGCCAGAUGAUCUCGAUGUCCGCGCGAUGGCGGCCUUGGCUGUGCUGAUUUUACCAUGGCUUCACACUCCCUCCUCGCAACCAUUGCACGUGGUCUUGGUAACGGCAGGCGUCUUGGCCGAUCGACUUCUCCACUGCCUCUUUCAUUUGCAUGGGUCUAAUCCGUCUGUACUGCGCCCCAUGUCAGAACGACCUGUGUCUAUGCCUGCGGCACCUCUACAACCAGGUGCCUUUCAUCAAGAGGGGACCGGCUGCAUGUACACGUCUGUGCCCUGA